AUGGCUACCAGGUUGUUCUUUUUCGCAGUCCUCCUAGAAGUAGCUGCCGCAACACCAACUGAUUUAAUAAGACGGCAAACUGCUUGCCAAGAAGUACACUUUUUCAUAGCCCGCGGCUCAACCGAACCUUAUCCAGGUCGUCAAGAGGAUCUUGUUAACGCAGUUUGCGAAGGCCUACCCAGUUGUGGGUAUGAAGCCAUCAUAUAUCCUGCAGCGUUCGAGGAUUACUGUGGCUCAGCAUACGGGGGCGUCGUAAAUGGCACCGCUCAGAUUACAGCAUACGCCGAGAGUUGCCCUGACGCGAAGUUGGUCUUGACGGGCUAUUCUCAGGGUGGGCACGUCGUAGGUGAUAUACUUGGAGGCGGUGGAGGUGAAAUCCCGAAUCAGGGUUGCACGCAACCGGAAAACACACCAUUGUCACCUGAGACUUUUCCUGGCAAUAAAAUUGUCGCAACUACCUUGUUUGGGGAUGUGCGCCACACGGCAUCCCAGACCUACAACGUGGGGACCGGAGCAGCAGGUAAUGGAAUCCUGCCAAGAUCGGGAACUGAGCUCGAAUCUCUUAAUAGGUUCUCGGAGUUAUUGCACUCGUGGUGUUUCGUUGAUGACCCAGUUUGUGCCGGAGGCUCAGAUGUCAACGCGCACCUCGAGUAUUUCGAUGCGUCUAUGAGCGAAGCGGCCGCAUGGGUGAAGACUAAGAUUUGA